AUUUAUUUUAUUUGUUGUUUAUGCUUUUGCAGAGUGGGGCAUUUUCUUGUGAUGAAGGAUGCAUCGUUGCAUGAUGGAUCAUUUUCGGAUUUCGUCGAGAGAGCAUAGGGGGAGGCAUGUUGAACGACACGGGCGCCAAGGUUGCCGUCGCGUUGGCUUUGUCUGCGUUAGUGUACUAUGUCGGCUCCAAGAAGUCCAAGACGAUUUCUCUGAAACCCUUGCGCAAGGCGAGCGUGGCGCAAGGGCAGGAAAGUGGAUUUGGACCUAAGGAUUCGGUCACUGUACGUGUGCCGGCAACGACGGCAAACAUGGGACCGGGCUUCGAUUGUAUCGGCAUGGCUGUGGAUAUCUGGAACGAGCUGACCGUCGAACGAGCGGACGCGUUCUCGUUGACCAACGAAGGUGAAGGUAGCGAUGUGCUACCCACGGACGAAACCAACUUGGUUGUCGUGGGCCUCAAAGCUGCGUUCAGUGCUGCGGGCCAGGACAUGCCGUUGUUGCGCAUCCAUUGCCGAAACCGUAUUCCGUUUGCGCGCGGGUUGGGCAGUAGUUCCGCCGGGAUCGUGGCAGGGAUCAUUGCCGGUCUUGUGAUUGCAGGACACGAGCUAUCCGUUCGCGGCAAGGAGGAACUCUUGCAGCUGGCGGCCAACAUCGAAGGACACCCAGACAACGUGGCCCCGUGCAUUUACGGCGGUCUGCAACUCGGCAUCUUCACAGACGACCGAUGGUACUCUUCCCGUGUUCAGUUCCCGUCCACGAUGCAAUGCGUGCUGUUUAUCCCGGAAACCACUGGCAAAACCAGCGUUGCGCGGUCGAUUUUGCCAAAGAAGAUCGACCGCGCCGACGCCGUCUUCAACAUUGGCCGUUCGGCACUUCUUGUCAACGCGCUGCGAAACGGCAACUUCAAGGAGCUUCGCCACGCGACGCAGGACAAGCUGCAUCAGCCGCAACGAGGCGCUGAACAGUACCCACACCUCUUCCCCCUCGUCGACGCGGCGUUGGAAGCCGGGGCGCACGCGUGCUUCCUCAGUGGCGCUGGGCCGACUGUCCUGGCCAUUUGCUCGGGCAAAUCGGGUGACAUAUUCACCCAAGUUGCGGCCGAGCGCGAUGAAACCAAGGUCGCCGAUGCGAUGCGCGAAGCCGCGGCGAAAGUUGGGGUCCAUGGGUGCGUGUUCAUCACAAACCCCGAGCACCGCGGAGCUCACAUUGUCCGCGUGUCGCCCAAGAUCUCCGACCACCUCGUCGCGCGCUACGAAGGCGACAUCACCGACCUCUAGAGCACCAUGGAAGGACUUCCACACAUGCAGAGCGCUGCUUCGUCGCGAGCCUUGCAUGAGCCACCUCUCGAGCACAGCCAGAGUAACGCGGAACUCCUGCACUCGCUGGCAGCCACAUCAGAUGCUGCUCACUCGUAGCUCGACGAAAAUGAUUCAUUUAUUCACUAAAAUGGUUCAUCUAUCCA